AUGGCUGUGAUUAAAAUCAAGUUGGUAGUUAUGGGCGAUUCCGAUGUUGGAAAGUCUGCUAUUCUUCACCGUUUCAUUGAAGGUACCUUCACUGAUGGCGAAAAGCCAGCAAACCCCCAAAAAGGUGUUUUCUUGAACAAGGACAUCACAGUCGAUAAACAACAAGUCCACUUCGAUAUUGUGGAUCUUGCGUUUGAUGUCGAAGCAACUGCCUCUGAUUUCCAAGGUGCUCGCGCAGGCAUUGCGGUGUUUGAUUACAGCAAUCCAGACACAUUAAAGAAUACAAAGAACCAACUUGGACUUGCAAAUAGAUUUGUAUCGGGACCUUCGUUUGCGUCAUAUAUCGUCGGUAAUAAAACAGACUUGGAAAAGAAGACUGACGACGCCGAGGUCAACAGUACUGUCACAAGUGCAAACGCAACAAAACUGUAUCAGAUAUCCGCCAAGACUGGUGAUGGUAUCAACGAGAUGUUUGAAGACAUCGCCAAAGCUGUCCUUGCCACCGACAAACCUGCAAAGGAAGAAAAAGGGGGAAAGAAGAAGGGCGAAAAGAAAGGAGGGUGUGCUUUUCUUUAA